GUUUGAUUCCUAGGAAGUGGAACGCAUUCCCUCCUAAAUCCCCCGAGCCAUUCAUCUCCGAAGAGCUUAGCAGAGAUGUCAUUGCUGUGGAGGCAGGAGGCUGCUUCAAAAUUAUGUCUUACCUGACUCCCGAACGGCUAAUUAAGGCCGGGAUAGGUACUGCCCGUAUUCCUGGACUUACUUGACUGAAAACCAAGUACCAUGGCCCGGGCGGUCCUUCCCGUGUGAUAUAAUUUUUUAAUCCACGUGUGAACCGCUCGGUACUAAUUUGUUCCUUUUGUCUUUUCAGCUCCAAAGCAAGGCGAAUCUUCAGAUUCCGAAGGAGCCAAUCCCGAACAACCGGCCAUGGAUGAUAGUAGGCUAUUCACUGCUGGACUUGAUGACGAGCCACCAACUUCUCCUCCCAAGCAGCAGAGGAAGACAAAAAGAAAGAGGUUGAGGAAGGCCGAUCAGGGCGCCUCCUCUCAAUCCGCCCCUCCCGUCCCCGAGCAGUCUGAACCUGUUCGGGAUGUAGAACCUGUGCAGCAGGUUGCCCCUGAGCAGCACACUCACGCUGACACGCUGGUGGAUCAGCUUUUUUCUGACCAGCAGUCCCACCAUUUCUCUGCUGAGGAGGUGGCUGCCCAUCAGGCUGACCUGGCUAGUCAGUUCGAGCGGAUCUCCCUCUAUGAUCCUGCUCAUGAAAUGCUGGAGAGGGGUGGCUGUCCAGCGAGCCAGAUCUGGUCCACCUCUGGUUUCCUCAAUGGACACAACCUUCCCCCAAUACCGGUGGAGGAGAUCGAGGAGUGCAUUGCCCUGACUGUCCUGAAGGCAGGGAUAUACAGCCUGAAGCUCAAGGAGACCAGGCAGGCCAAGGAACAAGGCUUGCUGAUGGCCAAGGAAACGGCCGAACAGGCAGCAGAGGCCGAACGGCGGGCUUUUGCUGAGGAGCGGAAGAAGCUAGAAGCCGAGGCAGGGGAGCUCCGUGUUAAAGUGGGCGCUCUCCAAGCCAAGAUUGCAG